AAAACAGUGGACACACACGGAGGAUGGUGUAUUUUUGGAAACCGACUAACGGACUUCAGGGCAGACUGAAGAGCACCGUGUCGUGAGUAAGACCUAGCUGUUUGUAUUGAACGACCUCUGGCCAGGACCGGACUCAAAGCAAAGACGAAAGAAGAUCAAGAGCAGCAGAUGGACGGACCAAGUCGGGAACAAAACAAACCGUCGUCACCCUGACUACACGAGUGGCUGAAUCAUUCACAGGCUAGCCAGCCAUCAUAGAGUUUGCUUAGGUAGUUCGCUUACAUGCAGACGUUGUUUACUACAAGCAGCUCGUCAGUUGGGAGUGACCUUAAGAAUGUGAAGCACAAUGGCCAACUUUGAGGCUUACCAGGAGUAUCAGAGAAUUGAGGACUUUGAGGAGGACUCGCCACCAGGGGAGGAGGAUUUAUUGGUGCAUGUGCCCGAAGGCCUUAAAGAUUCAUGGCACCAUAUCAAGAACCUGGAUAAUUUCUUCACAAGGAUCUACCAUUUUCAUCAAAAGAAUGGCUUUGCUUGUAUGAUGUUGUCAGAGUUCUUUGAGCUUGUUCAGUUUUUGUUUGUUGUCACAUUCACAACGUUCCUUGUCAACUGUGUGGAGUACGAUGUCCUGUUUGCCAAUCGAGCGGUCAACCACACUGGGCCAGGCCAGAACCCUCUGGACAGGAACAAAGUCACUCUCCCAGAUGCCAUCCUACCUAGCCAGCAGUGCACUCAGAGGAUUCAAGAGGACAGCUGGAUUAUAUUUCUUCUCAUCAUGGCUACCAUCUUCUGGGUCUAUCGACUUGUUAAAGUCUUUUGCAAUGUUUUGAGCUACUGGGAGAUCAGGCAGUUCUACAUCAAAGCACUGAAGAUCAGGAUGGAUGAACUAUGCAACUUCACAUGGCAGGAAGUACAGGACCGGCUCAUCAGCCUGCAACGAGAACAGCAAAUGUGCAUACACAAGAAAGAACUGACAGAACUUGACAUCUAUCACCGCAUCCUGCGAUUCAAGAACUACAUGGUGGCCAUGAUAAACAAAUCACUGCUGCCAGUGCAGCUGCAGCUCCCCCUGCUGGGCAACGUGGUGUUCCUCACCCAGGGCCUCAAGUACAACUUUGAGCUCAUCCUCUUCUGGGGUCCUGGUUCUCUGUUUCAGAAUAAGUGGAACCUGCACCCCAAGUACAAGCGAAAUGGGAACCGCCUAGAACUCGCCCAGCAGCUUAGUAGAGUCAUCCUGCUGAUGGGUUUGGCCAAUUUGCUGCUAUGCCCCUUCAUCCUGGUGUGGCAGGUGCUGUACGCUUUCUUCAGCUAUACAGAAGUGAUCCGCAGAGAACCUGGAAGCCUGGGUGCACGUCGCUGGUCCCUAUACGGUCGCCUAUACCUGCGUCACUUCAAUGAGCUGGACCAUGAGCUGCAUGGACGUCUAGGUCGUGGCUACAAACCCACUUCCAAAUACAUGAACUCCUUUACAUCACCACUGCUGACUGUGCUUGCAAAGAACAUAGCCUUCUUCUCAGGCUCAGUGUUGGCUGUUCUCAUUGCACUGACAGUCUACGAUGAGGACGUUCUGACAGUGCAGCACAUCCUGACCGCUAUCACUGUGCUGGGGGUGGUUAUUACUGUCGCCAGGUCCUUCAUCCCAGAUGAGCAUAUGGUGUGGUGUCCAGAACAGCUGCUGCAGUGCAUGUUGGCACACAUUCACUACAUGCCAGACCACUGGAGGGGCACUGCUAACAAGAGCGAGACCCGUGACGAGGUGGCGCAGCUGUUCCAGUACAAAGCGGUGUUUAUCUUGGAGGAGCUGCUCAGUCCCAUUGUCACACCCUUCAUUCUCAUCUUCCUUCUGAGGAGUAAGUCUCUAGAGAUCAUUGACUUCUUCAGGAACUUCACUGUGGAGGUGGUUGGUGUCGGAGACAUCUGUUCCUUUGCGCAGAUGGACAUCAGACGCCAUGGAAACCCAACAUGGAUGUCAGAGGGCCAGACUGAGGCCUCUGUAUACCAACAGGCUGAGAAUGGCAAGACAGAGUUGUCCCUCAUGCAUUUCACCAUUAAGAACCCACGCUGGCAACCGCCUCAGGAGAGCUCAGUGUUUAUCAGCCAUCUAAAGGAGAAGGUGCAUCAUGAUGCACAGACUGGCCCAUCCACCCAGCUGCUGCUUUCUGAGGCUCCUCUCUGCACCUCACUGCAAUCCAAUGAGUCAGCCACUGGGCCCGAUAAUCUGUUGGCCAGUGUUCUGGCCCACCCCAUUCUAACUGCAUCUGGACUGCAAGGGCGAGACCAUCAUUUCAUCCCACCAAGUACCGCUGCCUCUGCUGCUGCCAGUGUCCUGGCCUCUUUGUCCACUUCCCAGCUCGCACAUACCAGCCGUGGCCGUUCUCAGGGCCUCAUGCCCUCCUCUCUCCACCCUGAGAGCACCAUGUACCGCAGUGAUCGCACCAUCAUUGACAGUAUGUCUAACAGUGAGUCCCGUAUCCGGAGCAAUGCACUUCACUCAGAGUUCGCCUCCGCAGAGAUGAGCCUCCAUGCCAUCUACAUGCAUGAGCUCCACCAGCAGAGCUCCCACCCACAGAGAACUUCAGGGCAGUGGCAGACUGCAGUGCCAAUGAGAGAUCUGCACACAAACGCUGGUUUCCAGGUACAUAGUGGCCAUGGUUCCAGCAUGUCCAUGCCCACCGCUGCCCACCUUGGCGGCUGGCAAGAAGAGGAGGAGGAGGAUGAAGAUGAUCAGGAGAUUAACAGUGGACCUACUCCGAAGCAGGACACCAGGAGUAGUUGUUGAAGUGCCUUAUGUCAUAAGUGUUUACAUUUUACAUUCUCCGGUGAACAUUGUGGCCUUAGAUGAUCUUCAUGGAGAAUUUAGCAUGGACCUUUAAAACAUCAUUCAUUCAUUGAAUAACCACUGUCUCUGCACCUUCACGCCUCAUCCUGUCACAUCAGGCAGACUAUGGAAUCAGGGAAACCAUACGUCUUCCGUCCCUUUCAUCUUGAUCUUGUCAUAAACUUGUAUAGACAACUGCAAAGUGCAUGUGACAGAGACACAAUAUUGUGUAUUCAUAGGAUCAAUGUGUGAUGAUGGGUGUGGGCGAUUUUAUUGUGGAAUGCAAAAAGCUCAUCACAACUUCUGCUGAGCUCUGUGUGCACAGUCCAAGUAUUGGUGCAUCACAAGGCUUUACUGUGUGAGUCUUACUGAAGAUUUCACAGAAUGCCGUCUUGGUCUGUGCUACAAAGACUGCAAGCUGUAUCUUAGCUGCCUGAACAAUUGUGAUCAUCUGGGUAAAAAAGAUUAAUUCAGUGUUUCAAGUUGUGCUGUUUGACCCCGGUGUUUUGUAAAUACAUACUUUUGCGUCUUACUUAUCCUUUAAAAGUCCACAUUUUUACUACCAGAUUUAAUCCUUGAAGAAGAUACCAAGUAUUGAUAUGAUAAAGAGCUGACUGUACAGUAGCCGUACUACUAACACACCAUGUGUACCUGGCAUAAGCCUAUUAGGUUCGAUAAAGUGUCUUUAUCAAACCUAAUAGGCUUACACAUGCUUUGAUGCUGCUGCCUGUGUUUAGUGGUCCUAAAUACAGAUUUUGUUCAGUAUUAAUAUUUCUACAGCUGAAACAGGACUGAAAUUUGGGCAUCAAAUAUACUUGGCAUCAAAAUCUUAAUGCAGAUAGAAGAUGUUUUUUUUUAAUUCUCUUAAGGCUGGACACAAAGUCAGCUUUAUGCCUUAACACGCACAUGUAUAAACAUAUGUAUUUAAAUCCUAGUUUUCCGGAUUACCUCAGUGGUGGUGAAGAACAAACUAAUACUGAAAUCAGUACCUCUGCAGUGUAUUUACUCUUGUGUAAAUAUAUGCAUCCAUCAGCCGCAACAUCAAAAGCAGUUACCGGUUUUAAUGUUGUGGCUGAUCGGUGUAUAGAUGUACAGAUGCAUCUUUCAGCUGCAUUUUGAUUUUAAUGACAGGUGUAGAUAGAACCCAUUUCAUUUUGUUUUCCUUACCCAGCAGUUUGUUUUCCUUAGCCAGCAGAUAUUUUGAAUCAGAUGUCCCAGAAAUGGUGGAAAGGAAUCUUUUGUUUCUUUCUUUCUUUCUUACUUUUUUUUUUUUUUUUUUUUUUGCUUUACAAUUUUUUUUGUUUUUACAAAUCUUUGUUCUGCACAUUCUGUUUGUGUCCUUUUCCCAAAAAGCUCACAUAAAAAUGGAACUUCAUCAUAAGGGCUAAUAUCAGAGCUCGUGCUGUUGCUUUUGCAGCUUUAGGUUUGAAGAUUUUAGGACAGGGCAGUUCCUCUCAGGCUUUAUAUUUUCUCAAGCUUUACUCUUUCAAAGUAAGAGCAUGAGGAGAAGAAAGCCUUUCCACAGUCAGUAUCAUUUGUUAGCUUUAAGAAUAUUUAUUACCUGUUUUCCCCCAGAUAUUUAAUUGAUAUAUAUGUAUUAUUUAUUGGAAAAAAUAUUUAGAUUGUCAAAUAAUUUACGUUGACAAAAGCGUCUAAUCUUAUUAAUGAAACAAGUGGCAAUGCCCCCCCCCCCCCCCACUAAAAGUAGCAUCAAAACCUAAUUUUGCUUUUGAAGUUCUGAUAUAAAGGUUUUAUUAAUGCAAAGAUAACAUGCCCAGCUGCAUGAUGUUGAAUGUGAUUUAAACUUAAAAUAAACUGGGACUUAAUCUGCUUGUUGCUGUAGUGCGUCAAAAAUAUCACUCUACCCAUUUCAUUGCUUUCAACAAACAUCACAGUGAUGUAGAUCUCAUCUUCCACUACUGCAAGACUUUAGAGGAUACAGAUAUGUCUUUGCCGUGUCACGUAUUUAGAAACUAUUCCACUUUCUUUGUGUGUGUGUGUGUGUGUGUGUGUGUGUGUGUAUCUGUAGAAGGAAUGACACCCACGUAAUUAUGCUAACACAAACUCAGAAUUUUGCACUGAAAAAAAAAAAAACAUUUUGAAUGCGUGUGUACAUAUGUAUACAUGUAUAUAUAUGUAUGAACACACACGCAUAUUAUUUGCUUCAUUUACACUUCAGAAAGGGCAGGUCUCAUAAGGGACACUAAAUCAGUCUCCAUCCUAAACAGCCUCUUCUCAUUGUUUGUAUAUAAGCAUAGCAUCAGCAUGAAUUGUAAUGUCAUUGUCCACAGCAGACCAUCUGGACACACUGUGGCCAAUCACAUAAGGUCAUUCUUACCUCUGGUCAGUAAGUGUGCCCUGUAGGGGAUGAUGUGUGUAUGUGUCACACUCUUAAAUAUGCUUACAUGGGUAUUGCGGUCACUGUUUAUUUGUGGUACAUACUUACAAAUGCAGUGAGUUCAUGUUGCAGAGACACUGGAGCUCAGCUUUGUGCACAGAGUUGAUUUCUUCUUGCAGUCUCCACAUUUACAUCUCACUGUUGUGUUUGUCGUUUUAUUUUCAGCAGUGCCUUAGUAAUAAGGAGUAGUAUUCAUUCUUUUUAGAAGCCAUUUCAUGCAAACCAUCAGAUUUGCUUUCACAGAUUUAGCAGCACAUACUAUGUUCAGUAUUUUUGUUUGACAGGUCAUUGAUGUAUAGCAUCAAGUAUGUUGUGCAAUUGUGGAUGUGGCUUGUAAGGUGAGCUUCAAACUGAUCUUGAGACCUUGUGUCAGUCUGUUGCAUCUGGCAGUGCACUUCUUCUUAUCAUGGUGUCUAAAUUCGCACUGUCUUGAAAGUCCUGAAGAAGCAGGAGUAUGCCUUGUGAUUGGCAGUGUCAUCAUGGCCAACCCUCUCAUCAUACUAUGGUUUCUUAUCCACUUUACACCAGUCCAAAAAAUCACAGUGACUGGAACAAGGUGCUAAGUUUUCAUCCUGAAAUGUUGAAUAUGUUUUCAGACAUGUUUUGUUUUUAUUGGUACAUUGGUUUGUCUGUUUGUUUUGUUCCGUAAAUUAAGAAACACUAGCUGAAAAACGAAACAUGCCAAAAGAACUAGUUUUCGGCACAGCUUUACAAGAUGUGUUGUUUUCUGUGAGUGAGUAGAGAGGCAAAUAAAUCCUAUUUUGAGUGUAUUUAAUCAUUUCAUGUGUGGUUGAUUAUGUGACAUUUAUUUGAAUAAAAAAAUAUAUAUUUUAA